AGUUUAUAAAUUAUUUUUUUUAGACAUAAAGAAGUAAGAUUGAACAUGGCUCCAAAAUAUUCACUGCUGUAUUUUGUAACUCGAGGUCGUGCAGAGUCUGUGCGCAUGUUAUUUCAUUAUGCUGGUGUUGAAUUUGAAGACAGAAGAGUUACAUUUGAAGAGUUUCCUAAGGAAUUGAAGCACAACGUGAAAGAAUCUCCUGCAGGAUUUCUUCCUGUUUUGACAACACCAUGUGGAGCCAAAAUCAUCCAGACUACAGCAAUCAUAAGAUACGUUGCAACUGAGUUGAAUCUGAUGGGUGAAAACAAUGUUGAACGUGGUCUGAUCGAUGGAAUUAUCGUCAGCAAUAAGGAACUUCAUGACGCAGCUGUGUUGAUUACAUAUGUCUACACGGACGAAGAGAAGCCUGAAAAACGCAAAGAAUUGGAAAAGAAAGCAAGAAAUACCUUUACGUACUAUGAAUUAGUUGCAAAGGAAUAUGGAAAAUGUGAUAAUCUGGUUGGAAAAUCGGUGUCGGCUGCAGAUAUAUAUUUCAUGGAAAUAAUGGACAUGGUGACACCACAGCUUCCUGACCCUAACUUGCUCGAUCAAUUUCCUGUGCUCAAGAAUAUUUACGACAAAACAAGAGAACUGCCAAAUUUAAAAAAAUACUUAGCUGAACGAAAAUAAGAACUUUUUGAAUAUAAAUUGUUGGAUAUAACUAGAGAGUUGUUGUUUUCACUAUAGUUUUUUCCGCUGUAAGCUAUUGGUUACCGCAAGCUGUUUGCUAGAAUACACCUAAAUUUUGUA